AAUCACAACAGCUUAGCUCGCCUAAGCUAAUAACAACAACAACAUAUCAUCGCAGCGCCUUGUCGUUGUUAGCGGACCUUCGUCUCAUGUAAAUAAAGUCUUGGUGUGAUAUUUGACUUUAAUAAAAACCUACAAGAAAGCGAGAGCUUCGUCAUUCCCACAGUUUUCAGAGUUAACAUUGGCGUUAGACUGGAAGAGAGAGCGCGUCAGUUCAUAGUUAGCUGUGGUCAUUUUCAAGCAAGGCCUGACACAACAACGAAAAUCCAAAGCCUGGUAACUUCCUCACGUUCAAAGGUCCAUUAAGCCAACAAUAACAUCUGCUCUAACACACGGGGAGAUAAUGAGAGGUUCAUACGGUGACAGAGACAGAGACCGUGGCCGUGACAGAGGCAGUCCUCGUGUCGGGUCCAGCAGAGGAGGCCUCCCACUGGGUAAAAAGUUUGGGAAUCCUGGAGACCGUUUACGAAAGAAGAGAUGGGACUUGGACGAGCUCCCAAAAUUUGAGAAGAACUUUUACACGGAACAUGUUGAUGUGCAGCGGCUGAGCCAGUAUGAUGUUGAAGAGUAUCGCAGGAAGAAAGAAAUUACUGUACGAGGUUCUGGCUGCCCAAAGCCUGUUACCACCUUCCAUCAUGCCCAUUUUCCCCAAUGUGUAAUGGAUGUACUGAUGCAGCAGAACUUCAAGGAGCCCACCCCCAUUCAGGCACAAGGUUUCCCCCUGGCCCUUAGUGGGAGGGACAUGGUGGGCAUUGCUCAGACUGGCUCUGGGAAAACCUUAUCGUAUCUUCUGCCUGCAAUUGUGCACAUCAACCAUCAGCCCUACAUGGAGCGAGGAGAUGGACCCAUUUGCUUGGUUCUGGCCCCCACAAGAGAACUGGCACAGCAGGUCCAGCAGGUGGCAUAUGAUUACGGAAAGUCAUCCCGCAUCAAAAGCACUUGUGUGUAUGGAGGUGCUCCUAAGGGACCCCAAAUCCGAGACCUGGAGAGAGGUGUUGAGAUCUGCAUUGCCACUCCGGGUCGUUUAAUUGAUUUUCUUGAGGCUGGAAAAACCAAUCUGCGGCGCUGCACAUACCUAGUUCUAGAUGAAGCCGACCGCAUGUUGGAUAUGGGCUUUGAACCACAGAUUCGCAAAAUUGUGGACCAGAUUAGGCCUGACAGACAGACCUUGAUGUGGAGUGCUACCUGGCCAAAAGAGGUUCGCCAGCUUGCUGAAGACUUUCUGAAGGACUAUGUCCAAAUCAAUGUGGGAGCACUCGAACUUAGUGCCAACCACAACAUCCUUCAGAUAGUUGAUGUCUGUAUGGACAGUGAGAAGGACCACAAGUUAAUCCAGUUGAUGGAAGAAAUUAUGGCUGAGAAGGAAAACAAGACCAUCAUAUUUGCUGAGACAAAGAAACGAUGUGAUGACCUUACGCGCAGAAUGAGGCGCGAUGGAUGGCCCGCGAUGUGUAUUCAUGGCGACAAAAGCCAGCCAGAGAGAGACUGGGUGUUGUCAGAGUUUCGUAGCGGCAAAGCUCCCAUCCUCAUUGCUACUGAUGUGGCCUCACGUGGUUUGGAUGUGGAGGACGUCAAGUUUGUCAUCAAUUAUGACUAUCCCAAUUCAUCAGAGGACUACAUCCAUCGCAUCGGCCGCACGGCCCGCAGCACUAACAAAGGCACUGCUUACACCUUCUUCACUCCAGGGAACCUUCGCCAGGCCCGUGAGCUGAUCCGGGUGCUGGAGGAGGCCCGACAGGCUAUCAACCCCAAACUGCUGCAGCUGGUUGACACUGGGCGUGGAGGAAGUGGAGGAGGAGGCCGAUCCCGUUUUCGUGGCACCUCCAGCUCUAACAAUCCCAACCUGAUGUAUCAGGACGAGUGUGAUCGGAGAAUGCGUUCUGUUGGUGGCUCCAAAAGCAGUCGUAGUGGCAGCAACUAUAGUCGUGAUGGCCGAGAAAGUCGCGGUGCAGGCAGCCGGGCAAGCGACCGCUCCUCCUCCUCCUCCUCCUCCUCAUACAGAGAUCGCAGCAGCAGAGACGGAAGACGCAGUUAUGGCUCCAGCUCCAACUCCAACUCCUAUGACCAGUACCAGAGUAACGGGAGCAGCAGUGGGCAGUAUGGCAGCUCCAGGGGAACCUCUGGUUCAGGGGGCAGUGGAGUUGGACAGGGCCCGCCUCCACCAUCUGCUCCCCAGCCUCUCAUGUCCCAGCAGUUCAACCCUCUCCAGCCCAUGAUGGGCCUAAUGGGGCACUCGCCAUUCCAGUUUGCUCCUCCGCCGCCACCUCCUCCUCCUCCUCCCUCAGGUAGAAAGUAACGUGAUCAGUGUGACACAGAUGCUGUUCAUCUGAUAUGAACCUGAGUCUUCAGAGAUCCAGUCACAGGGUUGGUUUAUUAUGAGUGAGCAGACGUACACAUUUGCCUUCACACUGCCGAAAGAACGACACGUUUCCCUGACCAUUUCUGAUCGUGGUCAAAGGGACAGAUCUCAGAAGAUAAGAUAGCUCACUUAUGUGCGUUUACAUCUGUACUUAAAGUUGAAUAAUAAGAUACACACCGCACCCUGUUACACCAUUCGUUUCUAAAUCAUUCAGAAAGGUAUUUUUAGGGUCAAGUCUUUGUUAUUUGUUCACAUCAACAUUCAAAUCAAGAAUGCAACACUUCAGUGUGAUGUACUAAUUUCAUCCCCAUUUAAACAGGUAGACUGGUUCUCAGAUUGUUUGUGAAGUGGUCAAACGUUUGUGGCAGCAUUUCAUAUUUAGUUUGACAGAAGCUCUUCUGUUACAUUUAUCUUGGAGGAAAAAAGUUGAAAAAUGUUCUUGUCUUGUUGGCUUCUACAGUGUACUCUCUCUAUGGACUAUCUGAUUUUCCUAUCAGGUACCAGAGGUACAUGCUGAAGAUAAUUAUUGUAUAUAAACUGGUCUUUAAGUUUUAUUUUCAGAUUAGACAGUAAAAAAAACAUUGGGAUCCUGAUAUAUUUUGAACGAAAGGGUUCAAAUCUUCAGGUUCUGAUUUAGGUUGAUCAUUUAAUUUCAUGGAUAUUUAGUUUAUCUGCAGAGGCUUUUUGUUACAACAUGCAUGUAAAUGAGCCUUUUUCACAUUUAAGUUUGGAUGUGAAUAAUUAUCUACCUGCCAUAGGUAAUGCAGUUAAUCAGCAGUGUGGUCGAGUCUUAGCUGCAGUGAUUUUUCUCACUCGUCUCUUUGUACCGUUUGUUUCUCGUGUUUAAUAAAACUCUUCAUUAUAUUAGCA